AUGAGUUCAACACAAAUUGGAAAAGGGAAAAAUUUAAAAUUAAACAACGGGACGAAAACGCCACAAAACUGCCAAGGAUGUUGCGAAUGUAAGCCGGGGUUCACCAGAAAUAAAGUAAACGAAUGUGUAUCCGAAGAAGAUGCCUCAAAGUGUCGAGGUCCUCAUGAAUACUUUUCUUGUGGCGGAGCCUGUGAUAAUGUUUGUGCCACACUUCAAGAAAUGAAUCAAACAAACUGUCCGAUAAUAAACAUCAAAUGUAACCCGAUGUGCUACUGCGAAUCAGGCUACGCGCGCAAUUCCAAUAAGACAUGCGUUCCUAUAGAGCAAUGUGAAACCAAAGAACUUCAACUGAGUGGAGACGAAAACGAAAGUUUGAAGCAUGGAUUAGCACUGUUCAGCAUGAAAUUAUUAUAUGAAUUAGUGAAGGAUAGCAUAGAAAUGAAUUAUGUUAUUUCUCCAAUGGCGCUGUUUUUUCCCUUAUCUUUAUUAGCUCUUUAUACAACUGGAUCUUCAAACGCACAACUGUUAACAGCUUUAAAUGCUCAGAACAAUGAAGAGCUUAACAUUAGCUCAAUAUUUGAUCAAAAAAGUUCAGGAAUCACAGGAAUUUCAAAAAAUUAUCAAGAUCUAUGGGUGACGGACGCCUUGCAGAAGUGUUUCAUAAUCGUUAGCGAAAAAGGUUCAGAAGCAGGUGCGGCUAAUGCAUUUCAAAUUGGCGUGAGAUCUUUACCGAACCCGCCAAUAGAGUACACUGUAUUUGAUGUCAACCGUCCCUUCGUGUUUUUCAUAACACUAAAUGACACCAUACUUUUCAGUGGUAUAAAAGUACAG